AUGGCACAAAGUAAGCUGAAUGACAUGGCAGGUAAAUUUGCAAAAGGAGGACCUCCUGGUCUUAGCAAUGGGCUGAAAGCGUUAGCCGUUGUAGGUGCGGCUGCUUAUGGCAUCUCCCAAUCGUUAUUUACCGUCGAAGGUGGUCAUCGAGCCAUCAUGUUCAACAGAAUAGGAGGUAUUCAGCAACAUGUCAUGAGUGAAGGUUUGCACUUUCGGGUACCAUGGUUUCAAUACCCUAUAAUUUAUGACAUCAGAUCAAGACCAAGAAAGAUUUCUUCACCAACAGGCUCCAAAGACUUGCAAAUGGUAAAUAUUUCAUUGAGAGUUCUUUCUCGCCCAGACGCCAACAGCCUACCGACAAUGUAUCGACAACUAGGCACUGAUUAUGAUGAAAAAGUGCUUCCAUCUAUUUGCAAUGAAGUUCUUAAAUCUGUUGUUGCUAAAUUUAAUGCAUCUCAAUUAAUCACUCAGCGGCAACAAGUCUCACUUCUAAUUAGAAGAGAGUUAGUGGAGCGUGCUGCUGAUUUUAAUAUUAUUUUGGAUGAUGUUUCUCUCACUGAACUAAGCUUUGGCAAGGAAUAUACUGCUGCAGUUGAAGCAAAACAGGUUGCUCAACAAGAAGCUCAGCGUGCUGCAUUCGUAGUGGAAAGAGCCAAGCAGGAGCGUCAGCAAAAAAUUGUACAAGCAGAGGGUGAAGCUGAAGCAGCUGAAAUGUUGGGUAAAGCCAUGGGAAUGAAUCCCGGUUACUUGAAAUUGCGUAAAAUCCGUGCAGCUCAAAGCAUCUCAAGAAUGCUUGCUCAGUCACAAAACCGCGUGUUCCUUCAUGGAAACAGCUUGAUGAUCAAUCUUCAAGACCCCACCUUUGACGAUUUAUCUGAAAAACUAACAAAGAAAAAGUAA